AUGUUUCGAUUAGCUAAAAAUGUAUUAAAAUUCUCAAAUCUUUCUAUUCCAAUAAAGACAUCAUAUCAGGGAGUUCGAAAAUAUUUAUCAGAGACAUAUCAAUCAUAUGAAAAAUGGGAUGAAGCCAUUUCAACGGAUAUUAUUCAAAAAACAAAUAUAAAUGAAUUGUUAAUUGAUAUCGAUGAUAAACUUACACGAAAAAAAUAUGUUAGCUCAUUGGACAUUGAAAUUCUUGCAGCUAAACUGGCAAAUGUCGAAACUACAGAUGAUUUAAAAAUGACAGAAACAAUAUUGGAAAAAUUUCGUUAUACUCCAGAAGCAUUAGAAUUUCAACCAUCAUUAACAUAUUGUCUCGUUCGAAAUUAUCUUGAUCUUGGACAAAAAGAACGAAUGAUACCCUUGUUACAAGAUAAACUCAAAUAUGGCUUAUAUUUAGAUCGAUUUUCUGCAAAUUUGAUAUUAAAUGCAUUUUUAAUCGAUAAAAAAUAUAAAGAAGCAACUCUUAUUGCCACAGAAAUUGCACUUCAAGAAGAUGAUGAUGAUCAUUUGACACGAGCCUUAGCAUUAUGUGGAUGUUAUAAUUAUUAUUUAACAGCCACCGAUGAUGAUUUGAAAACAGUAAUUGUUGAAGAAGAAGAUGAAGAUAUUGUGAAAAUAAAAGUGCCUUAUGUUCGAAAUUUAAUCAACGAUGAUCAUUUUGAUUUGACGGAUAAGAAAAAACUGUUAGGAAAAACAAUGGCCUAUAUGGCAAGAUAUGCAGACACAAGUGGCAUAGCAUCGUUGAAAGUGAUUGGUUUAGCGUUGUAUCAGAAAUUUGAUCGAGCACAUGAUGUGUUGGAAGAAAUACUGAAUAAUCCAAAGUUACAAUUAGACGAAAGUGCUCUACAAGUAUUAGAAAAAGAAAUAGACUCUUACGAAUAUAAUGAAGUGGAAGAUAUACUACGUUUACCACAAAGUCCAUAUCGACCAUUAGAAUUGAUACCAGAAGCAGCUGGAGAAAAAAUAAAGAAAUUUUUGAUACCAAAGUUACAAUCAGCCAACCAAAUCGUUAAUCUUGAUUUAAAGAACUAUGUUGAAACAUAUUUAAAAGAACAAUCGUUAGAAGCAGACAAAACUGAUGUAUUAAAACAUGAACGUCAAAUUUUUAUUUGGACAAACGAACGUCAAGAACAAUUGAAUGAUCAAAUUUAUCGUUUUCUUAUUGAAAAACAAAAACAAAAUUUAUUCGAACGUAUUGCAUUAUUAGAAGAACGAGAUGAACUAUUAAACUUUUUCGAUAAUGAAUCGCAAAUUGUUAUGGCAUCCGUCGAAAAAGAUUUUGAAAAUGAGCAAUUUGAAAAUAUUAAAGCACCUAAAGAACAUGAAUAUUUUGAAAGUGCUCGACUACAUUAUCACUGGGAUAAACAUGAGCCAAAACGAAGUUUGCAUCCUAAUAAAAAAGUACGUGAUGAAGAAAUGAGUGACAAUAGAAAUUGGCCAUCGUAUCCUUAUUAUGCUGAAAAUUGGAAAUAUGAUUUAACCGAUUAUGUACCAUUAGCUGAAAAACAUAAACGACGACAUAAAGCUUUACCGCCAACGGGUAAACCACCAUAUUACAAACAAUACUUUUUCUAA